AUGCAGGACAACCUAACACCACAGCUAAUGCCAGCCUUUAGCCGGCCCUCAGACACAGCCCAGGACCAGUCCACUACAGGCAAAGCCACAAGCACAGCCCCACAGCCUGUGAAUCCCACAGUUUUGAUACCUCCCAUCAAGUCCAAGGGCCUGAAUGCAUCCAAUGUACGUCGGAUGCGCCGAAUCAUCGCCGAGGACGCCGAGUGGUCGCUGGCCAUUGUGCCUCUACUCUCAGAGCUCUGCAUUCAGCACAUUGUCAAGAACUUCCAGAACAACCCUGUUCUGAAGCAGCUGCUCCCCGAGCACCAGCAGAAGGUCCUGGACCACCUGUCUCCAGACCUACCGUUGACCGUGACCGCCAACCUGAUCGAGGAUGAGAACUACUGGCGCCGCUGCUGCGCUCAGCGCUGGCCCGUGUGCCACGUGGCCAGGCAUGGUGGCAGCUGGAAGCGCAUGUUCUUCGAGCGGCACCUAGAGAACCUGCUAAAGCAGUUCAUUCCAGGCACCACAGAUCCCACCGUCAUCCUUGACUUGUUGCCGCUCUGCAAGAACUAUGUGCGCAGGAUCCAAGUGGAUCAGUUUCUUCCACCCGUUCGGUUUCCGCCCCCGCCCCGGGACGGAGACCAGUCAGACUCUGGCAGCGAGGGAGAGAUGGAGGAGUACUCCACCGACCACUAUCAGCUGCGUGACCUGGUGGCUGGCCUGAAACACCUGGAGGAACUAGAUCUGGUGUACGGUGUCAAGGACUGUGGCAUGAACUUCGAAUGGAACCUCUUCCUCUUCACCUACCACGACUGCCACUCCCUGGCGGCCACCAUCAAGGCAUGUCACACUCUUAAGGUCUUCAGGCUGACCCGAAGCAGGGUGGAUGAUGACAAGGCACGCAUCCUGAUUCGCAGCCUUCUGGACCACCCAGCCCUUGAGGAGCUAGACCUGUCACACAACCUCAUUGGAGACCGUGGCGUGCGCGCUGCCGCCAAGCUGCUGAGCCACAGCCGCCUCCGCGUACUCAACCUGGCCAACAACCAGGUGCGUGCGCCAGGUGCCCAGUCCCUGGCUCACGCCCUGGCACACAACACCAACCUCGUUACCCUCAACCUACGCCUCAACUGCAUCGAGGAUGAAGGUGGCCAGGCACUGGCCCAUGCCCUGCAGACCAACAAGUGCCUCACCACACUGCACCUCGGUGGCAAUGAGCUGUCCGAGCCCACUGCCACCCUCCUGUCCCAGGUGCUCUCUGUCAACACUGUGCUCACCAGCAUCAACCUGUCCUGCAACCACAUCGGCCUGGACGGUGGGAAGCAGCUUCUGGAAGGGAUGUCAGACAACAAGACCCUCCUGGAGUUUGACCUACGUCUAUCGGAUGUGGCCCAGGAGAGUGAGUACCUCAUUGGCCAGGCCCUCCAAGCCAAUCGUGAAGCAGCCCGCCAGCGGGCCUUGAAUCCCAGCCACUUCAUGUCACCUACCACCAAUGGCCCUGAGAACCCUGCAGGAUGAGAUGGGGACAGGGCUGGAGGUCACUGCCCCAGCUCUCGUUUUAUCCCCCAGCCAUACCUGCUGCAGAACUUCACACUAGCCCAAAGGGAGGGGGGAGGGAGGAGACCAUGAAUAUCCUUGGGGUGAGUGAUCAAGAGUUGUGUGGGUAAAAAUGCGAGGAGAAGGAGAAGGCCUAGGGUGAGGGGAGGAGGGGCUGUGAAGUAGUGACCCAUUUCCUGUGCCCAGGGAGGGUAGAACUGGACCCCCAGAAAUGACCAACUUCUUUCAGGAACAAGGGAAAGAGGGAGGGCUCUGAGGGACUGGGCAUGACUAGACUCUCUGAUGGGGACUGCCUGUUCUCCCUGAUCCUCCUCCCCAACAUUUUCCUGUCUACUGAACAGAUCCUUGACCUCUUCACCUUCAAACAUAGACACACACCCAUACCUCAGGCUACACCAGAGCCUUCCACCCCAGAGACAGUGAGGAGAGGGGGGAGUCAGUACCACACAGGGAGUCAGUGAGUCAUCCACAAGUUUAUUAUCCACCAGUUUGAUUUGUACAAUCUUUGCGCU